AUGUCUGACUUUGCAGGCUGGGCGUAUCCACAUCUAAUUUUCCUUUAUUCGCGAGAUCAUACGGUAGUCACCGCCCAGGCAUGCAACAAGUCACUGCUCUGGGAAGCGAAGGAUCGCUACCUUGCAACCCAGAGUACCGGCAAUCUGACCUGGCUUCGGCCACUGCUGUCCGCCAACGCCACGUACCUUGAGAAUGGCGAGGCCGUAGCCGACUGGGCGUCCAACAGCACGCUGACUGCCAGUCCGCUUCGCAUCGAUCAUACCUCCAGCGUAUUCGACCUGACCCAGUGUGCCUUCUUCACGGAUCUGGUAUCCACGAACUCGUCCAUGCCUCGCGUUAUUGGCGCUCAAAUCUGGCUCGCCGGCGGCAAAAUCACAAAGCUGGACCGCAUCGUUACGUCGCCGGGUGACUGGCUCUUCAACGCAACGGGGACCCUCCACUACGCGCUGGGAGAGGAUUGGGGCGAGAUACCGGCCGACAAGCGCGACAGCCGGGAGACUAUCAAGGCCGCAGCCGGCGCAUACCUUGACGUGUUCAAAAACGCGAGCGUGGCGGUUCCUUGGGGCACGCCAUGCGCCCGGCUCGAGGGUGGAGCGUACACGGGACGCGGCCUGCCGACCGACAGCUGCAACGUCGGCGUGAUACAGUCGUACGACAUGCCCAACAGGCGUUACGUUAUUGACGAGACGGUUGGGGUGGCCAGUUUGUUGCUGGAGUUUGGGAGUAUUGGGAAUGCUCCGGACUGCCACAAGUUCAGGGUCGAGAGCGAGAAGCUGAGGUUCAUCCACACCAUGACCUACUGCGAGAAAAAGCCGAACUGCGGAUAUACUAUGCCAGGGCCGGCUCAAAGACCUUCGGGUCGAGCCUAA